GGAGCAUGUAUAUGUAGAAUAUUGAAAUGUCAAGUUAUUUGGAUCAACUGCCACGGAGAGCUUGGAAGUGGCCAGGAUAAGCGUCGAGAACGAUAAGGUAAUGUCGCACUCUCGGGCUCUCGUGUCUGCUGUCUGCACAGCGCUUGCGCUGCUGGCCAUGGCCAAUGCCUGCUGCCUGCCGCAUAAGUUUGUUAUGAAUUUCAUUGGAGAGGUUGACGAGGAAUAUUAUGGUGCCAAGAAAAUCUACAACAUCACUGGAAGCAUUGGUGCCAACUUCUACACCCAGAAAUUCAGCCUUCAAUACAGUUUCGACUCGCGUGUCAAAGAGAUAUUGAUCUUAGAACCUUUACAGGAUAAAUUCCUCCACACGCGCCAAGUCAAUCACGAGCCAGCUGUCUGCCACGUGGCUCAGGGUGUUGAUGGCUAUUUGAACAUGGACUACCGGUGUUUCCUAGGAAACAAGAAACUCGUUAAGACUAUUGGUAAAACAUACAAACUUAAACUUGGAAAAUCUAUGAAGAUGACGGGAUUUCUCCAGAGAUCGAGUGAAUAUGUGGAUAUUUGUGAGCUCCAGGGACUACAAACAUUCUCACUAGUGACUGGGUCGGGCAAAGCACUGCGAGUGGGGCUCUUGGUGACAAGUUUCAUGACAGGGCCUUUGAUCGACGUCACUCCAACUUGUACCGAACAGCGGCCACUCAGCCAGAAUGUCAUUACGAUUCCCCUUAUGGCCACAUUUUCGAAAAUGAGUGGAAAGGGUAUCGCCUCAAUGUUCAGUAAGCUCUGGUCAACUGAUGUGCCCGCCGUGCCAACCACUGCGAGGCCAACCACUACCACAUCAACCACUGCCGAACCAACCACUUCCGAACCAGCCACUGCCGAACCAACCAUUGCCAGGCCAUGGGUGGGGGUGACUGAUGGUGAUGUAGUUCAGGGAGGCAGUGGAAGUGGUAAUGGUGGCGACGACGACGAUGAUGACAAUACCGAUGGCACUAUUGUCGAUGAAAGUAGUAGUGGUAGUGGCAAUGGAGAUACAGACGACGAAGAUGGAAGUAGUAGUGUUGGUGUCGAACCACCCUUUGCCGUACCAACCACUGCCGAACCAACCACUGCCCGGCCAACUACUAUCGAACCAACCACCGAAAAACCAAUCACUCCGACGCCCGGUGGUAGAUAUGUUUGGCAAGGUAAUAGCUGGGCUUGGGUGAUUGAUGAAGUUGUAGUUCAGGGAGGCAGUGGAAGUAGUGAUGGUGGCGACGACGACGAUGAUGACAAUACCGAUGGCACUAUUGUCGAUGAAAGUAGUAGUGGUAGUGGCAAUGGAGAUACAGACGACGAAGAUGAUGAUGGUGAUAAAAGCGAAAGUAAGGAAGAAUUUGUAAACGACUCAGGCCACGGUGAUGUCGAUGGUGAUGGGGACUAUGAUGACUAUGACAGAGAGUACUGGUCGUACUAUUGGAAGGACGAAGACCAGGCUAUAGAAGAUUGGGAAGCGCAGUAUGAUGGUCGUUAGUCACCAAAAGGUUGCCACAAUUCUGCAUGAAUUUGUUAAUUGAACGCAAAGAAGUUUCACAUACUAUAUAUAGCGUAUUUAAAUAGGGUUCACGUUGUCACUUUAUAACGUUUCACUUUAAGACGAACUAGUCGUUUCCAAAGAGCGGGCUACAUAUGAUUCACGUUUCACCUUCAUAUCGUUACAUGUCAUGGUAUUACGCCUGAGUCAAUUGACGAACGUUAGUGAUGGCCUUAUUCUGUUUAAAGGCCAUAUAUCAAGGUUUGAAAAACACUGAAAUAUUGAGAACACUGGGAUAUAUAUGUUACGCCGGCAUUCUGGUUGUCACUCGACUUUGUCCUCAAAAGACUCAUUUGGGAUGGAGUACCAUACACGGCAGACCCACAUUCUGUGCAGCAAAAACUGUAUUAGGAUGCCUGAUGCGAGUUUCGUCAGAGAACUCACAUGGAUAGGUUUAGAAGGAACACGUCAGGAUUGAAAAAGGAGGUACAAUUUCACAGCCCACAAAAAUGAAUUUGUUAGUUUGUAUGUGAAAUAUUUGCAUGGUGGGAGUUUGAAUCUUAAAUGCAAAUGAGCAAAUAUUUUGUUACUGUCAAUUUAUUUUGUCAUUGUCCUAAUUAACCGCGGAAAAACUUAAUAAUUUAUUCGGAAACUGACUGCAUAAGUGUAUCCGUUGCAGUUUACACAAUAAAAAAGACGCAAUGUUAGUAGGCCGUCGAUAA